AUGUUGGCUCUUAUUCUCCUUAUUUCUCUUUUCGCGCCGGCUUCUGGAGCUGCAGAUCUUUACGAGCAUCUUAACAAUGCUACCAUCCGUCUUCUUACUACUGCACCAUGCGAGAAUGAGUUGGACGAAAAAACCUUCGAAACUUGUCUUAUUUUUGUUGGGGUUUGUACUGGUUUUGGCAGAAUUCCAGUUUGCAACUGGUUUUCAGAACAACACUGUCAGCCUGAAACGCUAUGAAUACAGUUUCUUCCACAAUCAGACCGAUUUUAUGGAGACCAUCUCCACCAUGAAAUUCUUGGCGAAUUGCAUUGCCCUUUGCACUUGUCCAAGGCUCCGUUUGUACAAGUAUCACUUGGAUGGAAUGAUCUUUGUCGGAGAGAAAAUCUUCAUGGAUGCUGAAGACUGCUUCAUAAAUGUACUCCUGUAGUGUUAUCAAUCAUUAUGUAUAAUGCUUUUAAGGGUGAUGUUCUGUUCCAAAGCGAGAAAUGCACCGAUUACUCUCGUCGCAAGUUCUCGCUGAAGGAAUAUGCCGCCUACGUUUACGAUCAUCGUAAUAAAAUCAUGACGUGCAUCGACAAGGAUCUGCAAAUGACUAAAGAAUGCACGGAUGAGAAACGGAAGACGAUCGCCGCCGCGUUCUACGCCAUGAUCGACGUACUUGUGAUUACCGUGGCCCCCUUCAGCAACUACAUCGUCUACAAGUUUCAACCGUACUAUAACUCGAACAUUGACCUCUAA